GCGACAUUGACAGCUGGGCUGCCUUUUAAUCAGUAAAGUCGUGAGGUGGAAUUGUUAUUUUUUCUCUAGUCGAGAAAAUUUUACUGUUUUGGAAAAAAAAGGCUCAAUUCGAAUGCCAUUUUUUAGUGUUUGCUGUAAACUGUGAUCUGCUUUUGAGUCCCUGUCGAGAGCGGAACCGAUGGAGGUCAACAAAGAUGAAUCGAAGCGCUGCGUUGAGAUUGCGCUUGCCGCCUUCAGUGCAGGCAACGUAGAGAAGGCUCUGAAGUUUUUGGAGAAAUCUCAAAAGCUGUACCCAACCAAGGAAGCCGAAGAUCUGCUGCGGCGAGUUCGGAACGCUGGUUCGACCCGUACCGGUACUGAGGAAUCGACCACCACCCGACGCAGAACGCUCAACAAGGACACCGAAAAACCGCAGGAACCGAAACUUAACGUCGAUUACACGCAGGACCAGCUGGAGGUUGUCAGGCGUCUCAAGAAAUGUAAAGAUUACUAUGAAGUCCUGGGAGUAACCAAAGAAGCCACGGAUUCGGACAUUAAGAAAGCUUACAAAAAGCUAGCGCUGCAGCUACACCCAGACAAGAAUAAAGCUCCUGGGGCAGUGGAAGCUUUCAAAGCAUUGGGUAAUGCAGUGGCCACCCUCACUGACGCGCGAAAGCGUAAAGAGUAUGAUUUGUACGGCAAUCAAGAAAAUACUAGUCACUACCAUGCUAACCAUCACGCGGGCCACAAUCACCAUUACGAGUAUAACUUUGGAAGAGGCUUCGAGUCGGAAAUUAACCCAAACGAUUUGUUCAAUAUGUUCUUUGGGGGCGCUCAGGCUCGCACUCGAACACGAUGGCAAUCGAACGAGACGCAGUCGGGAAGUCCGCCCAGCUUGAUAUUUGGUUUGGUACUGUGCUUCAUAGUAGUCUCGAUGCUGUCAACUUUCUUCGCAUCCGAUCCACUGUACAGUUUGCAGCAAACGCCAAAAUACUCUGUGGAACGUCGGACAUUGAAUUUGAAGAUUCCGUACUAUGUCAAGGAUAACUUCGUAAGUGAGUACCAGGGCUCCCUCAGUCGGUUAGAGCACUCGGUCGAGGAGGAAUAUAUCAUGUAUAUGAAGCGUACUUGCCACAACGAACGCAACUAUCGGGACGCCAUGAUGGCUCGGGCCAAGAGCUUCGGAAGCAGGACUCAACUCAAUCAGGCCCAGCAGCUCAAGAUGCCUUCGUGUGAUGCGCUGCACAAGCUAGGCGUUGGAAGGGUUAACUAUUAGAUGGUUUGGCUGGAUAGCCAAAGGACAGGUCACAUAACGCCGAAAACGGUACAUUUCCUUAAAAUAUUCGUACUACUGGGUAUUCUUUUGCAACUUUAACGAUGAAAGUUGGUUCUGUUUGUAUCUCAGAUUGUUAGCAGAAAUAAAACCUGUUUUAAAUUUAAAUGUAA